GGGAAAGCUGGAAAGAAGUGUCAGAUGUAAAAUCCGUCUAUUUAACAAUUUCGAGGGACGGAUUUUUAUUUUGUAGAUAUAGAUUAUGUAAAGCACUUUUUAUUUGUUGUACCGCGUUGUUUUUUUUCUUACAGGUCUGGAAAAUGGACCAUAGAAAGGUGUAUUUAUAGAGGGAUGUAACAGGGCUCAAUAGGCCUUUUUGCUAUCGCGUCCCGUUAGCUAACGCUAGCUGUCCGCUCAGAGCCGCGGCAAAAACACGGCCGACAAAACUGCGCUCGCUAAUUUAUUUUUUGGUUAAAUACUCGAGGAAAAAACAUGAAUUGAAUUAGUUGAAUUUAAUUAGAUGUUAUUUGCGUGUUAAGGAACCGUUUGUUUGUGGCGCAGAUGUGGGAAUUGUGAAAUACGGCUAUAUUUCGUGCACUGAAGGCUUCCCUCGGGAGUUCAAGCCCUGUUGGCUCUCUGUCCUCGGAGGAUCAUGACUUUGACCCGACAGCAGAGAUGCUGGUUCAUGAGUAUGACGAUGAGAGGACUUUAGAAGAGGAAGAGGCGCAGGAAGGAGACAAGAAUUUCAGCGCUGAACUGGCGGAUCUGGAGAAGGAAGGGAAUAUGCCUCUGGAGGAGCUGUUGGCCCUCUAUCGUUAUGAAACGUCAGUCAGCACGGCUGCAGGGUCGAGCAUGGACAGCUCUUCUGGUGAACUGGCUGAUGACCUUCCGGACAUGACCCUGGAUAAGGAAGAGAUAGCCAAAGAUCUGCUGUCAGGAGACUAUGAGGAAGAAACACAGUCUUCAGCUGAUGAUCUGACCCCUUCUGUUACCUCCCAUGAAGCCACUGACUUCUUCCCAAGAACACUCAGAUCUAACACUACUUAUGACGGUGAUAAGGAGUCUGAAGGAGAGGAGGAUGGUCUUAGUCCAGAGGAUUCAAGGAAGGAAAUAAUGGUUGGAUCACAGUACCAAGCAGAGGUUCCUGUGGGCCUGAGCUUCUACUCUGAUGACAAGGUGUUUGAAGAGGAGGAUCAGUUGCUCUGGUGUCCUGAUGUGUUGUCAGAGAGGAAGGUGGAAGACUACCUCAGAAAGGCGCUGUUUCAGACAGCAGAUGGUUGCACAGAGAACUCUACCUGCGGAGGACACAUACGAGACAGUGAACAGGCUUUGUACGAGCUUGUGAAAUGUAACUACAAUACGACUGAGGCCCUAAUGCAGUACUGCAGUAAUCCUAAAUCCUCAAAAGAAGAAUCACCACCAUGGUCCGAAGAAGAGUGUAGAAAUUUUGAGCAUGCGCUACAGAUUUAUGAAAAGAAUUUCCAUCUAAUUCAGAAAAACAAGGUUCCAACGAGGACGGUGGCAGAGUGUGUAGCCUUUUACUACAUGUGGAAAAAGUCUGAACGUUUUGACUAUUUUGUUCAGCAGAACCGGUUUGGGAAAAAGAAAUAUAGUAUUUAUCCUGGUGUGACAGAUCUGAUGGACCGGUUAGUGGACGAGGCAGAGGGUCUGGCAGUAGACGGCUCUUCGUCCGUGUGCUCAGGUGGAGCUGGAGGGAGGAUGGAGGUGUCUGCGGAACAGCAGCUCGGCCUUCUCAACACAAUCACUGCCAGUGACCUCACAGUUCUGAGUAACAGCGUGGCAUCCGUGUGCAGUCAGGCUGAUGUGAGCUGCUUGGACUCGUCUUACUUCCCCCCUUUGGAGACUUUCCACCGUGGAGCGCUGACUCACGAUGAAGCUACUCUAGGCUACGGAGCAAGUGGUGACGCUGGCUGCCUUGGUGUCCUCGACUCGGCUCUGUAUCGGUCGGAUCUCAGCCAGCUCAGCGUGUGCAGCAGCAAGGAGUGUGAGCGCCCCUCCAAACGCCUCCGAAUGGGCCUCGCUGACUCGUUCAUCAACGACACACACCGAAUCACGGGAGCCAAGAUGGCUGUGUCUCUCACAGACUUCAGCAGCAUAGCGAGCGGGGAUGCAAACACUUUCAUCAGCUCACACUCGCGCCAUCACCAACACACUGCACUGCAAUCUGACUGACCCCAACACACACAUACACACACAACUCCUCCCAACCUGUACAGAUCCACCCACUGACUGAACCUUAGUUUCUUUUCUAAUUAUGUAUAAAUAUACUUUUUUGUAAUAUGACAUCAGUGAUGUCUUUAUUGUACAGAGCUACGAAAUCUUGAUUUCUCAAGAGUUUAAAUAGCCAUUUAUUUUUCUGGUUCUUUAGAUACUAUCGCUAUAUCAGCAUCAAUUUACAGUUAAACAUAAAUGCUGGAGGUGGAGAGCUGUGAUAGUUGCUCUCUUAUCGUAUACUCAUCCCUGUAACCGAAGCAUUCAGUUUCACUUUCCCGUGAAAAAUAAUUGUUGCCAGAAACUGCAUUGACUUCGUUUUAUUUUAUAUCUUCUAUCAUUUGUAAGUUGAUUUUUUUUCUAAAUUGGUACUGUUUUUGAUGUUUACACAAGCCGAGAGACACCGGGGUUCGGCAAAUGUAGCAUUUUGUAUAUCAGGAAACUUUUCUCUUAAAAUUGGGGAUUUGCAGCAAAACCACAUAUCUAUUACAAUGAAGAGCACUUCUUAUGAGCUAGAAUAUUUUGGCUUCCAUGUUUCCUUUGGGUUUUUUGUUUGGUUUUUGUUUUUGCUCUGUGAAUGCAUGCCAUGUGUCCUGCUUGCGUUUUUAGGAACCGUGAGAUUGCCACUGGAUGUUAGUGUUUUGUACGACGAGAAUUGUGUAGUUGUCCAGUUUGUUGGUAGCUGUGAUUGUUCUAGUUUGGCUGGUUUUAAGUGUAUUUAAGCUUUAAAAAUUCACCCUUCAAUGUGCAACUCCACAUAUCAUCAGGGUUUUAUGUGAACCUCUUGCUGAGGAUUUGGAAGAAUGAGUGUUGAGGGUGCCAAUAUUAUCCCCUCCUCUAAGACUUCCAGGAAAAAGGCAGCUGAAACAUUAGGUACACCUUAUAACUAGGACGUGUGUUGAAUGAGUGAGCAGAUCUACCCCUGCUGUUUUACACAGUCUGACUUGUUUUAUGAGGUUUGGCCCCUUUGGGAUUAUGUCGAAGAAUUAGGAAAAUGUCAUUUUGACUUUGACCUGUGUUGUGCCCUAAAAAGAAAAAAGUGAGACUUAUCCCUAAAUUUGGUGACAGUAUUAUAUUAUACAUUUUCUGUUGUGAAUAUGCAACAUCAGGAAGACGCUAAGCUAUCACGCUCGCUGGAGGUUUAAAAUCAAGCUUAAAAAAAUGAAACCGCUUCUGGAUUCUUACAGUAGAGACACCAGUCUGCCAGUACGGGUUGCUCAUGUGGUUCUUUUAAACCUAAUAUUAGUUGAUGCUUUGAUAAUUAUUGCGAUUAUUUCAUUUAUUCAGAAUCAGACAUUGCACCUGAUGUACUAAAGAUAUUCAGAUGCCCUACUUGUUAGGCUUGCUGUGCUGUAAAAAGAUCCAUUAUAAUAUUCUGCAUUUUUGUAUGCUGUAUGCACCGAGCAGAUGCGGCUCGUAUCUCAAAACAAGUGCUUUUUGUUCUGUGCAUCCAGAAUAUAAAAUACUUUUGAAUACUUUCAGCCCUCAAUACAUUUUAGAGAACGGUUGAUGCAAAAUAUAUGUAUAAAAAUAAGGUUCUUGUUUAUUAUGGCAAUAACAUGUAGAUAUGUACAGAUUGUUUAAUUGUUGUAUUUCUUCUAAUAUUCCUUCAAGACAUUAUGCUUUUUUUUUUUUUUAAUAAUUAUUUUGCAGUAAGAAAUGUGCCCAUCAUACAUGCCAGCUGUUGCUGAUUGGCAAAAAUACCACUAAAAUGUUUCAAGUGGGAGGUGUAUAGAGAUUUGCAUGGCACAUUCUCUUUAGUGAUUUCUCUUGGGGCGCCCCACUACAAGUGCAAGACGAUUCACCUCAGCUCAUAUGGGUGUGGAAAUGCAUUUCAUUUCUUCUCAUCAAAUAAGCUGCUAUCAGUCAAUGUGAAGAUCUGCACCUGAUGAGUACAGAAUCACAGAGCUGAGGGUUAAAAUGCACUGCUGCUGCUGUGUGUGUACGUCCAGGAGUCAUGCUGGAGUAGAAAUAGUCUUGCAGAUGUUUGACUGGGAUUUUUCACAAUAUAAGAUAUAGUAGAUAAUGCAAGGCAAGGACAUUCCUAUUGAACAGAUGUGGCUUUGAUUUUCUGUGUCUUAGUAAGAGAUGCUUUGUGGAAAAACUUCCCUGCUGCCUCAGAUGCAAGCUUUCUCAGUGCAUCAACUCCAGAUUUUCUGCUGGAGUGUGAAUGUAAUGUUUUUUUUUUUUUUUUUUUAAACAAAGUUUCAAAGAUCUAUGAUGAGUGAGAUGUUGCUUUUCCCACUCACUGCAUGUGAAAGUGGUUCACUUGAUUACAUGGAUGUGUUUUAAUCCACUUUCAGCAGUGUCUAGUCACGUCUCCUCUCGUGCACUGCCACAUUAUAUCCCUGUCAGAUGUGCACUGAGGCAACGACCCCAGUUUUUCUCAUAUUUGAAUAUUAGAUAAGAUUAUAAGUUGUAUUGAGUUACACAUAUCCAUCAUUCCCAAAUUGCUUGGUAAAUAUUCUCAGUAGUUUUGGGUUUGUGUAUUUCACAUUCAUUUUGUUUGAACUCAAACAGUAAAUGAUCUCUAGUGCAUUCAUCGGCGAGACAUAAAAAAGGGAAAAUACAAUUGUGAAUAACAACGACAUAUAACUUUAAAUGUUUAUCCAGAAAUAUAGACAAUCAUAACAUUUAAUAACUGAAUUAUUCCAACAUAUUGUUUAUAACAUGUAAAUACAAUUAUAUUGCUUUUUGUUUCUGCGUUUGUUUAGGCAUUAUUUUGUAUUUUUUGUUGUACUUUAUUACUUGAUGUAAAACAUCCAGAAAUAAAGCUCUGGAAACAGCUGUGA